GGUUUAGAUGACGUGAGGCUUCUAAAUCCUCCAACGGAAGCUUUGCCAGUCCAUCUACUGGGAGUGCUUUACUCGUGUGAAGGACCGGCCACGGUACAGCUGGACUGCGUCUUAUCUUUUGAAACGGGCAGAAUCUCCACAGUGUUGCUCAGACAAUGGACUUGUCUCCCUGGUGACCCCAGAAUAAGGACCGUGAGGCUGAACCUGCCAGACUGGUUGGUGUAUCAAGCAGAUGGAAUAGUUCCAGACUCUCCCCCGGUGCUGAGUUGUAUCCUUCGAGCUUCAGUCAGAUAUGGUAGAUUAGAUGAUUCUGAGAUGUCUGUGGCGGCUCAGGAUGUAACGGCUUUGCAGCCCAGGCCCUUCUUCAGUCGGCCCGUUAAACAGCACCAGCUCUGUGUUGCCUGGGGCAAACAAAUGCUGCAACUGAAUCAGCACUUUUUAAAGAAACGGUGCCCCGUUGAGAAAGAAACUGUGAAGGUCCUGUCCACAAUUUACGCCUCAACAGGGGAAAACCAUGGCAUCACAACUACAUUUGAGCCCUUUAGGAAUGAGCUUCUGGAAUACCUGCGACUUAAAGCUAUCUCUUUUCCAUGGUGUGCACUCUCAAUAUGGAUCUUUUUGACCAGGCAUUGCCAGGGACGCCUGUGUGGUGUGUUUCAUCAUAUCAAUUCCCACAAUAACUAUGUCACACCGACACUUCUCCUCACAGACUCAGGCCAGCUCCAUCUACAGAUAAAUGGAGAAUCUGAGGAAUCCUCUGCUUUCCUCUCCCCGUUCACUGUACCUCAACAUGAGUGGUGUCAAAUUGGUGUGAUGUUCCAAGGCAGAACAGUGACGGUCUCUAUGGCAUGCAUGGAAAAAGAACAAAUAACAGUUACAUUCACAGAACGUGUGCACACUGUUCUGCUGGAUGACACAGAGGGAUAUUUUGUAGUUGGUGGAGGGAAAUUUAUCCACGGUGUGGAAGGAUAUGUGGGCCCUGUGGUCUAUUACCGAAACAGAGCAUCCCUCCACUUCAUGUCUGAAGCUCUUCCAGAUGUUAUUAGGAACGUGAACUUGACGGGUUGGAUGCAGACCUGUCAGGAAUUUCAACAUGAGAUGAAAGACAAGAUCGGUGGCUUUUCACUGAAGGCCAGACAGGAGACGGACUCUGAGACUUGUUUUGAUGCUUUCCAUAAGUGGGUGGUAAAGGAGAGAGCAACACGUCGACACUGUGAGCUGUGGGAGGAAACCGUCCCUGUCAGAACACAAGCUGCCAAACUGGCCGAGUUAUUAGUUUUCAAACAUGGAGGAAGAGCGGUCAGCCUGCCAGCUGUGGGCAGAGCCCUGUUCACUUUAUCACUUCACAAGCUGGGCAAAGACAGCAGCACUGCAGUGGUCAGCAGGAUUUUACCGCUGCUGCUCCAAGCUGGCUGUCUGGGUCACAACCGAGCUCUGCACAUGUCCUCUGUGUUCCUCAGCGCUGGACUGGGAGUCCGAAAACAGCCUCAUAAGGCGUGGCUUCUCGCCCUGCUGGCCGCCCAGAGGGAUGACCGGCUGGCUCUUCUGCAUCUGGGUCACCUGCACCACCGGGGACUACACGGCCUCCCCACAGAUCCAGAUCUGGCCUACGCCUAUUAUUCCAACAUUGCAAGACAGACAACGCUAGACCGUGAAAAUCCCACACCGCAGCAGAUAUUUGUUGAAGCAGUUUACUUGAACAACGAUGAAGUGUUGAUGCUUCAAACCAGUAAAGAUCAUCACAUCUUCCAGUGGCUUAAACUGCAGGCCAGCAGAGGAGCAGCUGAGGCCGAGCAAACUCUUGCACGCAUGCUGUUCUGGGGUCAGCAAGGGUUGUCUCCCAACGUGGAUGAGGCCGUGAGGCACUACAGGAGGGCAGCUGUCCAGCUGGGAGACCCAGUGUCCAUGUACGACUACGGGAUCUUACUUCUGCAGGGGCACGGUGUCGAGAAGGACAUUCCAAAAGCUGUCUAUUUCCUGAAGAAAGCUAUGGAAAAGGAUUUUGUUCCGGCCAUCAACGCCCUUGCUUGGUACUAUGAAAAGUUUGAACGUGACUAUGAGACGGCGGUGCAGCUUUGGGAAAAAGCCGAUCUCCUCCAGAGUCCAGACGCUGCUCUGAAUCUCGGUGUCAUGCACUCACUGGGUCUGUAUCCGGGGAAACCUGCCAACCAGUACGUGGCCUAUCAGUAUUAUCUGAAGUCUGCAGACAGAGGACACCUCAGGGGGGCCGUUUACCUCGCUGACUUCUGGACCACCGGGAUACCUGGCUAUGUCAACAGACGCCCAUCAGAUGCAGUUUUGUGGGUUAAAUGGGCGUCUGAGCACAACGGAUACCUGGGAAGCAUCCUACGGAAAGCCUUGGAUUCUUAUCUCCAGAAUGACAUGUUCCUUUCUCUGGUGUAUUACAUGAUGGCGGCUGAAGCCGGGUACACACCUGCACAGUUCAAUGCGGCGUACCUUUGUGAACAAAACACGGGAGAUUUUCUUGAUCCAGUCCAUAGAUCACGCUGUAUGUGGAGAUAUUACAACCUCACAAUCCAAAGUGAGAACUCCCAAACUUACGCCUUCAUUAAAAUGGGAGACCUCUUGUAUGAAGGUUACGAUGGCCGGCCAAAAGACUUGUUUUCUGCAGCACAGAUGUACACGUCGGCAGCUACAAGGCAGGAUCCACAGGGAUGGUAUAACCUUGGCCUGCUUGCUGAGGAGGGCUACAGGCUGCCUCUGUCUGUAUUGAUUGGACUUGGUCUGUCAGAGUUCCACCUCAAGGACAACCGUUUACUUCUAAAUGCUUUGUACGAAAGAUGCAGGGACUCAGAUGACCCGGACUCAUACUUACCUUGCAGCCUUGCUCUCUUCAAUGUGUUUCUCCGGUCAUUCCAAAAGGAAUUUAUCGCCACGUUUAAGGUUCGUACGAUGAGCCAGUCAAUGUAA